AUGGGUUUCCUUCACUCCAGUAUCCGCGCUCAGGUUCUAUCAUUCCUUGUGGUCGCCAAUGCUGCCAGUACCUGGGGAGCAUCUUCCCUCAUCUCCUGCCUGCAAUCCGCAGGAAUCAACACGGUGUCCCCCAACACCUCCGGCUUCACCCAGGACGCGCUAGCGUUCAACCGACGCUUCGAGUACACUCCUGCCGCUAUUGUAUUUCCGCAAUCAGCGCAGGAUGUCGCCGCUGCAGUCAAGUGUGCUGCCGCGUCAAAUGGUACCGUCCCCGUUGCCGCUCGUUCGGGAGGACACAGUUACGGCGCAUUCGGCCUAGGUGGUCAAGACGGGGCCCUCGUCGUCGAUCUCUCCCAAAUGAAGAACAUCGUUGUGAACUCGGACGAGACUGCCACCUUUCAAACGGGUAACAGGCUCGGUGAUGUUGCCCUUGCGUUAUUCAACAACGGUGGUCGCGCUCUGGCCCACGGGACCUGUCCAUAUGUCGGUAGUGGGGGCCACGCAGGCUGCGGAGGAUUUGGCUUAGCAUCUAGAAUGUGGGGCCUCGUUCUUGAUCAAGUCGAGUCUGCCGAAGUUGUGCUUGCGGAUGGUUCCAUUGUGCAAGCGUCUGCGUCUACUAACUCGGAUCUAUUUUGGGCUAUUCGUGGUGCCUCGCCUUCCUUCGGUAUAGUAACGGAGUACAAAGUAAAGACCCACGCAGCCCCUGCCUCGAACAUUAUCUUCAGCUACUCAUACUCUGUCAACCCUGCUACCGCCACAAAGAUCUUCACUGCAUUCCAGACGUUCUCCCAGUCUUCCGCUCCGCCUGAGCUCGGUCUGCAGGCAUCCAUUGGACAAUCAGGGCAGAAGAAUGUCAUCUCCAUCACCCUCACCGGUGUCUACUACGGUUCCACCUCCGCUUUUAACAAAGUCAUCGCCCCCCUCCUCUCUGCCGUGGGGGUCUCCCCGCAAAGCAAGAGUGUGAAAACGUAUGCUUGGGUUCCAUCCUUAGUUGAACUGGGAGGGAUCAACACUUUGAACACCUCCCUCAGCGGGGACAGUCACGAUACCUUCUUCGCAAAGAGUUUGAUGGUACAUGAAGACGCCCUUCUUACGACAACGGCUAUUCGAGGUUUCUUCGAUUACAUCGGCAAUCAAGGUGCAUCUACCGAUACCUCUUGGUUCGUUCUGGCCGACCUCUUCGGUGGAAAAGGAAGCAAAGUUCGCGCCGUCUCCAACGACGACACCGCGUACUCUCAACGCAAAGGAUUGUAUAACUUCCAGAUGUACGCCUCAUCAUCCAAUUCGCAGCCACCCUUCCCCGCAGAUGGCUUGGACUUCGUGAACAACAUGCUCACGUCUAUCACGUCCAAGAUGCCUUCAAACUGGUCAUUCGGCGCGUACGCGUGCUAUACCGACCCAACUCUAACGCCCGCUCAAUGGAAAUCCCAAUACUACGGCGACAACUACUCCAGACUCGUAUCCAUCCACUCCAAGUACAACCCAAGCAGUCUAUUCAGAUACCCUCAAUCUAUCGGUAGUUAA